CUAAUAAAGCAGUAUUUCAAGCCGAGCCACACGACAAAUAUGUUUCGUCGAUGAAAACAGACCGAUAAAGAUGAUUUUAACCCGCAAACAUGUCCUCGUUUGUCAUAGAUCACUUCCUCUCAUGACGUCACCGUGUUUGUGUUGAGCAGGCACUCGCGCGUUAGCUACAAGCAGUAGCUUUUCGAUUUGUGGAGGUAACGUUACUGUUUUAAAACCAAUUCGUUUAUGAUCACAUAUUUGCUUUUGUUUUAUUCCCGUGCCAUUGAUUUAAAAAAAAAUCCAAAGCCAUCUCAUCUCGGUGUGGCAUCACCCGUUCCGGGUGAAAUGUCCUUUAGUUCCACAUGAGCUCUACUAUGUGGUACAUCAUGCAGAGUAUUCAGAGCAAAUACUCGCUGUCGGAAAGGCUCAUUCGAACAAUAGCAGCUAUUCGUUCUUUUCCACAUGAUAAUGUGGAAGACCUUAUACGUAGGGGGGCGGAUGUGAACAGGAUGCAUGGCACAUUGAAGCCCCUCCAUUGUGCCUGCAUGGUGGCCGACGCUGACUGUGUGGAGCUUUUGCUGGAGAAAGGUGCAGAGGUAAAUGCCUUGGAUGGUUACAACCGCACCGCGCUCCAUUAUGCAGCAGAGAAGGAUGAGGGUUGUGUGGAGCUCUUAUUAGAAUACGGGGCCCAGCCUAAUGCACUAGAUGGCAACAAGGAUACCCCACUGCACUGGGCUGCCUUCAAAGAUAACCCAGAGUGUGUACGGGCACUUUUGGAGAGUGGCGCCAGCCCCAACGUCCGUGAUUACAAUAACGACACGCCCCUCAGUUGGGCGGCCAUGAAGGGCAACCUGGAGAGCGUGCGUGUGUUGCUGGAGUAUGGAGCUCAAGUCCAUGUCGUCAACUUAAAAGGCCAGACGCCGAUAUCACGACUGGUGGCGUUGCUGGCUCGUGGCCUGGGAACAGAGCAAGAGGAAGAGUGCCUGGAGCUGCUUUGCCGUGCGGCCGGGAGGUUCGAGAUCCGCAGGGCCGAUGGCUCCUUACCACGUGAGCUCAGUAAAGAUCCUCAGUUACUGGCUCGACUCACUAGCCUGGUGGCUCAGCCGCCUUCGUUACGGGCCCUGGCACGGUGCGCUGUGCGUAAUAGCCUGGGAGUGCAAUACCUCCCCAGUGCGGUGAAACUGCUCCCCUUACCAGAAUCAGUGAAAGAAUAUGUGCUCCUCAGGGACUGAGGGCAGGGUAGGUGGGGGAGUGAGAAGACUGACAUGGGAGGUAGAUGUUUUUGUGUAUGUGAACAUGUGAUUGUAAUCUGUUGUAAUCAGACUGCAAUCUGAAGUGUGUAUGUCUAUAUACAUUGAGUGAAUAUGUGAGGAAGUUGCCUGUGUUUUUGCUGUAAUGUCAUUGAACAAAUUCAGGGUUGUGAUAUAAUUUUAUGCUUUGAAGCAGAAAAUCCAGAUUUAGUAGGAAAGUUACAGUACAGUAGUACCACCAAAAUGUCAUUAACACAUCUAUUGAACUCAUAAAAAUUGUAUCACUAGGUAAAACUAUGUGAAAUCCUCAAAUUGCAAAAACGAAAAUAUUUUGGAACUAUUAUUGACCAGUAAAUCAUAUGAACACUUAAUACUUUAACGUUGCACUUAAGUUAUAAUCCUAUAUUACAUUUGAUUUUUAAUUAAAAAAAUGUAUGUGUGCAGUAGGAUUUUAUUUUGAAAAGAUAGUUAUUCUUUGUUACGUUUUUAAGUCAAAUAAAAAACCUAUGUUAUAUCAUUAUAUUAAAUCAUUUUAUGAAGUUUCCCAACCAACGAAAAUAAAUCCAUCUUGAAAGACUGGGAAACACGUAACGUGGUGGGUGCACAAAACAACUUUAAAUGUCUAUUACUACCAAUGUCUAUUGCUGUUUACUAGUCACUUUCAUAAUCUAUUUAAUCAUAAAGGGUUCACAUGAAUACUACUUUUUACUAAAUUAUUUAGUUUGUUGGAGUGUAUUAUGCAUCUUUUAUUUCGGUGCUUAUGGUUGCUGUGCUUCUAAGUUUGAGAGACAAUAGUGGGAAUAAAUGGAAUAAAAAUAGCAACCUUUUACAGCUAUCUUUUGUGUCAGCAUCGAGAUAUUGUUUUAGCUCGUCUAAGUCUUUAACCUGGAGUUUGUCAUGUUAGCAUGAUCUUUAUUAACUCUUGCAGAUGGGAUGUCUUAAAAUUAAGAUCAAUACUUGUGAAACACACCAGAUUUUCUUUGCAGGCCUGUUUCUAUUUCUGUUUCUAUUGCUUAAGAAACUAUGUAGUGCUCACAUCUAAACUAGUUUUAUGCAUGCAGACUAAGUAAAAACCUCCAUGCAUUGUUGAAGUGUAUUUGCUGCAAUUAUUUCCCCAAACCAAACGAACCAUUAUUGUUAUUAAAGUGUCCAUUAAUGGACCAAAUUUACCAUUUGUCAUUACACGAAACCUCAUAUGCUAUGUUAGUGUAAUUUCAACAAUUGGCCAGUGGAGGGAGCAGGAAUAUUACACGAUAAAAACUAAAAGAUGCAGAAUUAGGAUAUUGUCCAUGUAGGAAUUUUUGUAACCAAUUUGGUCACAAAAGGAGAACACUGCUUUUUUAGAAAGUAAAGAAGAAAUAAUAAAUAUAUAUGUACAUAAACCCAACAAAUCUCAUGAGGUCAUUAAAAGCUAUAAUUUACGGAUUUUUCCUCUGAGCUUCAAAAAUGAACAUUACAUUUACUGUGUUAUUUAGAUUUUAUAAUCACUGUCCAGGGCUGUGUUUGAAUUUGUUUUCUGAAUAGAAAAUGACUAAUGGUAAAUUAUCAUAUUUUCAUUGUAAAGAUAUAUGUUCAGUUCAUUUCUUUAGCAAGUACAGUUUGUGUUUUCCCCUAUGCUUUAUUUAAACUCCUGUCCAAGCACAGGAUGUCCUCUUUAAGUGAAUGUAAAUCAGUCAGGAAGGAAGCUACAGUGGGACUGAAUAAAGACUGAAUUUCA